AUGACGACGCUGAGGACGAGGCAGAUAUCUUCUGGUACUGCUUCAACUGCAACCUCUACCAAUUUACCAGAAGUUUCUGGACCUGUCGGCAUCUCGGGGAAAAUGCCGACAGGAAAUGCUAAUAUACUAUACAGCACGCCGGCCAGGCCCGAGCGAUUCCUCUUUGAUUGGAAAGCUUUUCCAGAAACACCGAUCCCUCCACGGGAUAGGCGUGAAAUUUUUAGAGAAGCAGGAGGUCCUGUUCUGAACUUGCCAAGACAAUUGGUACAGAGCCCAGAAGCCAUAUUUUUGUCCAUAUGGGACAGCGCAAUCAUGGGUCAUAUUGUUACAGAAACAAAUAGGUAUGCCGAAGAAGAGAUUUCUAAAAGACAAGAUACUCUUGGAACCCAAUCGCGACUGCACCGCUGGACACCUACAAACGUUGACGAACUGUAUCUUUAUUUUGGGAUACUUUUGGCAAUGGGACUUUGUUUAAAGUCCAAUAUUAAGGAAUACUGGCAUUGCGACGGGUUUAUCUGUGACACACCAAAUUUCGCAAAACAUAUAUCUUACAACAGAUUUAUUUUGUUGAAUAAAUUUAUACAUUUUGAAAAGCGAAAAAUGGUGAUAAUAUCUUGA